AUGUCGUCUGCCGGCUCCGACCAUGGCGCCAUCGCCGUGUGCUGCAUGUGUGGCGACCACGCCAUGCCGCAGGAGCUGUUCCGCUGCAAGCUCUGCCGCCUCCGAUUGCAGCACAGACACUGCAGCGAGCUCUACCCGAGAGCGGCCACGUACCAGCAGUGCAACUGGUGUCUUAGGGAGGACGGAGGAGGAGGCUCGCCGUCGCCGGCGAGGCAGACGACGACGGCAGCGAAGAAGAGGAUGAUGACAUCGUCGGAAGGGAAUGGUUCCGACGAGAAUAAAAGAAGGCGCUCCUGUGGUGGGUGCUCGAGGUCCGCCUUCUGCACUGAGCCUGACAAACCGGUCAAGAUGCCGCCCAAGGCUCGCCACGAGAGGGCGGUGCAGCCGACGCGGGAGGUGGAGAUGGCGGCGAAGGGUAGGAAGCCACAGGCCGCAGCGGGGAAGGGGCGAUUUAAGGUGAAGGUGAGACGGUACAAGCUGCUGGCUGAGGUGAUCAGCUGCUAACUCAGCUACACUGCUGGGCGAGUGAAGAGUGAAAGAUAAUCUCAGAUCAACCAGACAAAUAAUACAUAGGCUUAAGUUUACAAAUUACGAAUGGAUGUAAUUGUAAUGAUGCAUUACGAGUUAAGGGGCAGCAUACAUAGUUGGGUGUGGCUAGUGGAGUUUAUCCUGUCUCCCUCAACCCAACAAAGAUCGAAUCCUAUGCUUGAUA